AUGAUCAAGCAAGAGCCUUAUGGAGGAUUUUCUCAUGAGUGUCCACUUGACCAUUUAGCGAACUUUCUUGAGCUUUGUGCCACGGUCAAGCAAAAUAAUGUUAAUCAAGAGUUCGUGAGACUUAAUCUUUUUCACUUCUCUCUCACGGGGAAGGCCAAGAAGUGGUUACAAUCUCUUCCUCCCGAUUCCUUGACUACUUGGGCGCAAGUGACGGCGGCUUUUGUUGAUGAGUUUUAUUCUCAAGAGAAGACUUCCGAGGCUAGGAGGAAGAUCUCUAAUUUCAUACAAGAUGAGGAUGAGAGUUUGAAUGAGGCAUGGGAUAGGUUCAAAGACCUCCGAAGAUCGUGUCCGCACCAUGGGUAUAGUCAAUGGAUGUUGAUGCAAAGCUUCUAUGAUGGGUUGCUUCCUAUGACUAGAGCUAGUCUUGAUUCCGGAGCGGGGGGUCAACUCACCAAACUUCCGGUUGAUAACAUUGAGCCCACCAUAGAGGAGGUUGUGAGGCAUUACUCUUGGGGAAACACAAGGUCUACAAGCAAGAAGGCUAGUGGCAAAGGGAAGUAUGAUGUAGAUGCUAUGGAUCAUAUCCAUGCCAAGCUAGACACUCUAGCUAAGAAACUCGAGAAGGUGAACUUGGCAUCCCCAAGCCAACCACCUUCCCAAGCUUUCUCUUGUGAAAUUUGUGGGGGUACCGAUCAUGCAAGCUCUUAUUGUGGAGGAUCUACGGAACAUGUUGCAUGGGUUGGUGCAAGGCAAGAGGGGCCUACAAACUUCAACAACCAAGGGAGGUGGAACAACCCCUCUCAAGGAUCAUGGAAACACCCUCCACCACAAAAUCACAACAACUACACAUCCAACUUCCGACCACCCGGUUUCAACCAACCACAACAAAGACCACCCUUUGAGCCUAACCAACCAAAGCCUUCAUCACUUGAGUCUACACUUCAACUUUUCCUUGCCCAACAAACCAAGACCAAUACCGAUAAUGAUAAGAAAUUUGGGGAUAUUCACUCUUCCUUACAACAAAUGCAAGCUCACAACAAAAUGAUUGAGACCCAACUUGCUCAAAUUGCCCAACAAGUAAGCAACACCACUUCCCCCUCUACUAAAUUUCCAAGCCAACCCGUGAUUCACGAGCAUGCCAAGGCCAUUACUUUGAGAUCCGGAGCAAAUUAUGAGGGGCCUAAGAUGCCUAGUGAGGUGAAUGAAAGCCCGGAAGUUGAGAAAGAGGGGAGUGAAGGUGAGGUUGAGAAGCUUCUUGAAAAGGUAAUAGUAGAGGAUGAAAGUGAUGUUGUACCGAGUCAAGAGAAAGAAGUUCAUGAGCAACGCAACGAGGCUAGUCAAGCGACACCCAAGACUUAUGUGCCUCCGGUUCCUUUUCCUCAAAGGUUAGCUAAGAAACAACUCAAUGACAAAUUCAUGAAGUUCUUGGAAGUCAUGAAAGGACUUCAAGUGCAUAUCCCUUUCCUCCAAGCCAUGUCUCAAAUGCCUACUUAUGCCAAGUUUCUUAAGGAGCUCCUCUCCAAUAAGACCAAGCUCGAGGAAAGUGCUACUAUUGCUUUGACCGCCGAAGUUAGUGCCGUACUUCAAAACAAGCUCCCCAAGAAGCUUGAAGAUCCGGGGUCAUUUUCUAUUCCUUUGAAGAUUGGGGACUUGGAGCCCAAGAGGGCCUUGGCGGAUUUGGGGGCGAGUGUAAGUUUGAUGCCCUUGUCCAUAGCUAAGCAACUUAAUUUUGAACUCAAGCCUACAAGGAGGGUCAUUCAACUCGCCGAUAGAUCGGUGAAGGUUCCUAUUGGAGAGUUGGAGGAUGUGCCGGUCCAAGUUGGAAGGGUCUUCAUCCCAUGUGACUUUGUGGUUAUGGAGAUGGAGGAAGACUCCCAAGUCCCUCUUAUACUUGGGAGGCCUUUUCUUAAAACGGUGGGGUUCUUGUUGAUAUGA